AACAUAUACACAAAAUUCAGUCGAUUUGGCCAUAAAAAGUAACAAAAUUUCAGUUUUUGUUUGAUUCAUCAUUGAUAAUAAAAUUUAAUAUCACUACUAAGAAUAUUCUCUGCUCGAAAUUAAGUGGUUUAGUUAAAUAAAAUGUUUAAAAAUAAAUGUAUAGUAAAUGUUUAUUCCAGCAAUAAUGAUAAAAAUUACUCGCGUUCCGAAUUGCUUCACUGGAUUAAUGAUACUUUGUCCACUAAUUUGAAGUGCAUUGAACAAUUAAAAUCAGGUCAAUAUUUUUGCCAGUUGUUUGAUAUGAUUUUCAGAAAAGUUGUGGACUUAAACAAAAUUAAAUCUGAUUCUGUUCAUGAACGUCACUAUAUAAAUAACUAUAAAAUAUUACAAAGCGGCUUCAAAAAGGUUGGAAUAAUAAAAGAUAUUCCAAUAAUGCAAUUAGUAAGCGGUAGUUUCAAAGCCAACUACGAGUUUCUGAAAUGGUUUAGAAAGCUAUACACAGCUAAUUCGUCAAAAGAAUGCAUAAGUCUAAAGUCCAAUAAUGUUAAGGACGAAAAACCUGAACUUAUUGGAAAAGAAAAUGAAACGAAUGGCAAUAAAGAAAGAAUAGCAAAGCCGAUUUCACGUCACCCCUUUAAAAGUGAAUUAUUAAAACCUGAUAUUGUUAAGAAACAAAAGCCAGAACUUGCUGCAGAAAUUAUUAAAACAAAUGAUAAUAAAAAAGCACUGUUAAUAUCAAGUUUACGUCAGUCCCUUAAAGGUAAAUUUACUUCAAAUAUCAUUAAGAACCAAAAGCACAAACCAACCGGAGAAGUUAAUAAAGCAAAUGACAGCAAGAAACAAAUAUUUAAGUCAAUUUCGCGUCAAUCUCUUAAAAAUAUAUUUUUAAGCUCCGAUAUUGUUAAAAACCAAAAAUCUAAACUUGCUGAAGUAACUAAUAAAGCAAAUGACAACAUAAGGAAAAUACCAGCACCAGUUUCUCGUCAAUCCUUUAAAGGUACGUCUUUAAAACCUGAUAUUGUUAAGAACCAAAUACCUAAACUUGUUGUAGGAGAUGUCGAAACAAAUAACAUUAAAGAAACUGUCCCGACGUCAAUUUUGCGUCAAUUCUUUGAAGAAAGACUUUCAAUGCCUGAUGUUGUUGAGAAGCAAAAACCCGAACUUGCUACUGAAGGUUAUAAAACAAAUGACAAUAAGAAAACAAUAUUGCCGUCAAUUUUGCAUCAAUCCCAGAAGUAUCUAAAGGCUGAUGUUACAAGAAACCAGAAACCAGACCUUGUUCUUGACGUGAAUGAAACAAAUAGUAAUAUAAGAGCAUUUCCAAGAUUAACGUGGCGUAACCCUUCCUCUGGAGUACUUGCGAGUAAAAGCUACAGUCAGGAAUUGAAAGCGAUAUCUCACACUAGUGAUUACAAGGAUGCGAGUGGCGAUGGUAAAAUAAAUGCUAACUAAAUGAGCCAUUUAUGCGAAGAGGUCACUUACUAAUGGUUGAUACAGGACUAUGUUAAAAAA